UAAUUUUUUGAAAAUUUUUUAAAAGUUCUCACAAUUUUUGUAUUUUUGUAAUUUUGUUACAUUUAUCUUUAAUAAAUAAUCAAAUCAAUUAAAUGAGAAUAGAAUCUAAUACUUUGUUCAAACUAUUCUUCGUUGAUUUAAAUGAAAGUUAAAAUCAAAAGCUGGUUGGGUGUCGCUACAUGGCGAUGGGUUGCUAAUGAUGAUACAUGUGGUAUAUGUCGAUUAGCUUUCGAAAACUGCUGUCCAGACUGUAAAUUACCCGGUGACGAUUGUCCAUUAGUUUGGGGCCAGUGUUCGCAUUGUUAUCAUAUGCACUGUAUUAUGAAAUGGUUAAAUUCGCAGCAAGUUCGUCAACUAUGUCCUAUGUGUCGUCAAGAGUGGAAGUUUAAAGAAUAAACAAAAGAUAUAAAGAACAAACGCACCAGCACCACCAGCAACAACAAGUGGCUCCAGCGACGAAUACCGUUAACAAUAGUAAUAAUAAUAAUUGUAAUAAUUUUACAACCAACAGGCAGCCUCGUUAUAGGCGAUUUCAUUCGCCGAUGACGUCCUCCUCGUCGUUGAGCGGACUGCCGCCGUUACCAAAAAGUCUUAGCGAUGCUAGUCUACUGUGGGAGUCGGCCG